AUGGUCUCCAAGUCCGACCAGCUGCUCAUCGUCGUGUCCAUCCUGGAAGGUCGCCAUUUCCCCAAACGUCCAAAGCAUAUGCUUGUAGUAGAAGCAAAGUUUGAUGGAGAACAGUUGGCUACUGAUCCUGUGGACCACAUUGACCAACCAGAAUUUGCUACCGAGUUAGCCUGGGAAAUUGACAGGAAAGCACUCCAUCAGCACAGGCUACAGCGUACUCCUAUCAAACUCCAGUGUUUUGCCUUGGAUGCUUUGACUUCAGCCAAGGAAACUAUAGGUUACAUUCUUCUAGACUUAAGAACUGCUCAAGAAACAAAGCAGGCACCAAAAUGGUACCAGUUGCUGAGCAAUAAAUACCCCAGGUUCAAGUCUGAGAUUCAGAUAAGCAUUGCUUUGGAAACAGAUUCAAAGGCGCCAGUGGAUAGUUUUAAGGCCAAAGGAGCUCCCCCUCGAGAAGGAAAAGUACCUGCUAGCCUGCCUGGACUUGACCCCAAGGACAUUGUGGCCGUCCUGAAUGAGGAAGGAGGCUACCAUCAGAUCGGACCAGCAGAAUCUUGCACUGACUUCUUCCUUAUGUCAGUGACCAUAGCAUUUGCCACCCAGUUGGAGCAGUUAAUUCCAUGUACCAUGAAACUUCCAGAAAGACAGCCUGAGUUUUUCUUUUACUAUUCUUUACUGGGAAAUGAUGUUACGAAUGAACCCUUCAAUGAUUUGAUCAAUCCAAACUUUGAGCCAGAGAGAGCGUCUGUUCGAAUACGAAGCAGUGUAGAAAUUCUUCGUGUUUACCUGGCUUUUCAAUCUAAACUACAGAUCCAUCUCUGCUGUGGAGACCAGUCACUUGGAAGUACAGAAAUACCUUUAACAGGAUUAUUGAAAAAGGGUAGUACAGAAAUCAACCAGCGCCCAGUCACAGUUGAGGGUGCUUUUACCCUUAACCCUCCAAACCGAGCCAAACAAAAGCUUGCACCUAUUCCUGUGGAGCUGGCCCCAACUGUGGGAGUGUCUGUGGCUCUGCAGAGAGAAGGCAUAGAUGCAAAGUCUUUAAUUGAAUUAAAGACCCAGAAUGAACAUGAGCCACAGCAUUCAAAGAAGAGAGUUUUAACUCCCAUAAAGGAGAAACUUACUGAGCCAAAGUCACCAAGUGUGUCCCCUGUUAUGCCUCACAACCAGUCACCUCCAACAAAAGAUGAUGCAACAGAAAGUGAAGUGGAAAGCUUACAGUAUGAUAAGGACACAAAACCAAUCCCAAAGGCCAUCAGUUCUUCUGUACCCGCUUUACCGGCCCAGCCGGUGACGGCAUCCAGCGCUCCGGACACAGCUUCAGGACAGAAGAUUGCUGUUCCAGCCACGUCACACCAUUUUUGCUUUUCGAUAGACCUACGGAGUAUCCAUGACUUGGAAGUUGGUUUUCCAAUCAACUGUAUUUUAAGGUACUCAUAUCCAUUUUUUGGAAGUGCAGCUCCUAUUAUGACUAAUCCUCCUGUUGAAGUUCGGAAAAACAUGGAAGUUUUUCUUCCCCAAUCUUACUGUACAUUUGAUUUCGCAACUAUGCCUCAUCAGCUGCAAGAUACCUUCUUAAGGAUUCCAUUGCUGAUUGAAUUAUGGCACAAGGAUAAAAUGAGUAAAGAUUUACUUUUGGGAAUCGCUAGAAUCCAGCUUUCAAACAUCUUAUCUUCAGAAAAAACUCGCUUUUUAGGUUCUAAUGGUGAACAGUGUUGGCGUCAAACUUACAGUGAAAGUGUGCCUAUUAUAGCAGCACAAGGGUCAAAUAACAGGAUAAUAAAUCUUUCUUACACCACGACUCUAGAAGAUUAUGGAAUAUUAAAAACACGUGAAAUUUUUGUCUCUGAUUCAUCUCAGGGUUUAAUUGCUGUACAACAGAACUCAUCUUCUCUUCCUCCCGCACCUUGUCCUUCAGAAGUCCAGACAGAGCCUCGUGAAACCUUAGAAUACAAAGCAGCACUUGAGCUAGAAAUGUGGAAAGAGAGGCAAGAAGACAUUUUUGAAAAUCAGCUAAAGCAGAAAGAACUAGCUCAUAUGCAAGCUCUUGCAGAGGAAUGGAAGAAAAGGGAUCGAGAGAGAGAAUCACUAGUAAAGAAAAAGGUGGCUGAAUAUACUCUUCUGGAAGGAAAACUUCAAAAAACCCUAAUUGAUUUAGAGAAGAGAGAGCACCAACUGGCCAUUACAGAAUCAGAGCUUCAACGAGAAAAAAGGGAACUGAAAUCAGAACGUGAACAGAACCUGCAAGAACUUCAGAACUCUAUACGUAGGGCCAAGGAAGAUUGUGUUCACCAAGUAGAACUGGAAAGGUUAAAGAUCAAGCAGCUGGAAGAGGACAAACACCGACUUCAGCAGCAGCUUAAUGAUGCUGAAAAUAAGUAUAAGAUUUUGGAAAAAGAGUUCCAGCAGUUCAAGGAUCAGCAAAGCAACAAACCAGAAAUCCGCCUACAGUCUGAAAUAAGCCUUCUCACCUUGGAAAAGGUUGAACUUGAAAGAAAGUUGGAAUCUGCAACUAAAUCUAAACUGCAUUACAAGCAGCAAUGGGGACGAGCUUUGAAAGAGCUUGCCAGACUUAAACAGCGGGAGCAAGAAAGUCAAAUGGCUCGUCUUAAAAAACAGCAAGAAGAAUUGGAACAGAUGAGACUACGUUACUUGGCUUCUGAGGAGAAAGAUACAGUAAAAACUGAGCGACAAGAAUUGUUGGAUAUAAGAAAUGAAUUAAACAGGUUAAGGCAACAAGAACAAAAACAGAGCCAGGAGUCCAGAAAGAUUGCAAGUGGGAAAGCGGAUGGUCCACAGGGCGAUGCCCUGGAAGAAGGUUUGGAUGAUUAUUUGACUCGCCUAAUAGAAGAGAGGGAUACUUUGAUGAGGACGGGUGUGUAUAAUCACGAGGAUCGAAUCAUAAGUGAACUUGACCGACAGAUCAGAGAGGUUUUGGCAAAAAGCAAUACCAGUAAUUAA